AUGGCUGCGUCGCCGGAGGGGUCGGUGGUGAGCGCCGGGCUGGAGGACAGCCCCUCGGGACUGAGCCCAGCCCCUGGCAAGGCGCUGAGUCCCGUGCUGCUGUGCAAAGUGUGCGGGGACACCAGCAGUGGGAAGCACUAUGGCAUCUAUGCCUGCAAUGGCUGCAGCGGCUUCUUCAAGCGCAGCGUCCGCAGGAAGCUCAUCUACAGGUGCCAGGCAGGGACAGGGCUGUGCCCAGUGGACAAGGCACACCGCAACCAGUGCCAGGCAUGCCGGCUCAAGAAGUGCCUGCAAGCUGGCAUGAACAAGGAUGCUGUGCAGAAUGAACGCCAGCCCCGGAGCACAGCCCAGGUCCGGCUAGACAGCAUUGAGCUGGAUGCCGAGCUGCCCCCAGAGCACGUGGCUGCCACGCGUGAUGUCCCCCCGGUUCCCUGCCCGGCCCCCCGUGGCCCCGGGGCUACUGCUGCCACUGCUGCCGUCCCCCGCACGCCCACACCGCCCAACAACCACCGCUUCAUGGCCAGCCUGAUGACGGCCGAGACCUGUGCCAAGCUGGAGCCUGAAGAUGUUGAUGAGACAGUAGAUGUGACGGGUGGUGAGCCUGAGCGGGCAGGCGGUGAGUACCAGGUGGCCCCGUACCCAGCAGCUGGUCCCGAAAAUGUCUACGAGACCUCGGCACGUCUCCUCUUCAUGGCUGUCAAGUGGGCAAAGAACCUGCCUGUCUUCUCCAAUCUGCCCUUCCGGGACCAGGUGAUCCUGCUGGAGGAGGCGUGGAGCGAGCUGUUCCUGCUCUGUGCCAUCCAGUGGUCCAUGCCCCUGGAGAGCUGCCCGCUGCUGGCUGUCCCCGAGCCAUCCCCUGGCAAGCUGCUGCCAGCUGCUGUGGAUGUGCGGGCGCUGCAGGAGACCCUGGGGCGCUUCAAAGCAUUGGCGGUCGAUCCCACCGAAUUUGCCUGCAUGAAGGCCGUGGUGCUCUUCAAGCCAGAGACCCGCGGCCUGAAGGACCCUGAGCAAGUGGAGAACCUGCAGGACCAGUCACAGGUGAUGCUGGGCCAGCACAACCGCUCCCACUACCCUGGGCAGCCCGUCAGGUUUGGGAAGCUGCUGCUGCUCCUGCCGGCGCUGCGCUUCCUCUCCUCUGAGCGCGUCGAGCUGCUCUUCUUCCGCCGUACCAUCGGCAACACUCCCAUGGAGAAGCUGCUCUGCGACAUGUUCAAGAACUGA